UCUCUGCGCUGCCCUCGCAUGCGUCCCCGCCGACACCGCGUAGCGCUGGCUGCGCCAAGAUGAGCGUGGUCGCCCCGGUACCAUCCGAACGGUACCAACCCACCGCCUGACUAAGUCUGAGAGAAAGCGAGAGAGAAAACGAGAGAGGCACCAUCUUUCCCUUAAAACCCACCUUACCUCCGCCAAGAGGAAACCGCAGGGCAAGCCGUUUGUUUCGGCAUCUUUCUUUCUUUCUUUUUUUUAUUUUUGCACCCCUCCUCCUCUUUCUGUUUCUGCAUCCCUCUGUCAUUGUCGGUUGAAGGAGAACCUGAAGAGGCCAGUCCUGGUUUGUGGGAAUACAUUUUUGUCUCUUUUAUUUUCCCUGCUGGGUGUUGGUAGCGCGCAGUUGGUGUGCGCUCUUGCAAAUUCCGGUGAAUGGUGGAUUUGGCAAACAUGGAGACCGUGGAGAAGGAAUGCGGGGCCCUCGGGGGUCUAUUCCAGGCAAUUGUCAACGACAUGAAGUGCUCCUAUCCUGUGUGGGAGGACUUCAGUGCCAAGGCCAUCAAACUGCAUUCCCAGCUCCGAACCACUGUUCUUGCUGCUGUGGCCUUCCUGGAUGCCUUCCAGAAAGUGGCAGACAUGGCUACCAACACCAGAGGAGCAACCAGAGACAUUGGUUCAGCUCUGACCAGGAUGUGCAUGAGGCAUCGCAGCAUUGAGGCCAAACUUCGCCAGUUCACUAAUGCUUUGAUGGAGAGCCUGAUCACUCCUCUUCAGGACAAGAUUGAAGACUGGAAGAAGACAGCCAACCAGCUGGAUAAGGAUCAUGCCAAAGAGUACAAGAGGUCACGCCAUGAGAUCAAGAAGAAGUCAUCUGACACCAUGAAACUACAGAAGAAGGCUCGCAAAGAGAUGCAGGGGAGGGGGGACCUGCAGCCCCAGCUGGACAGCGCCAUGCAGGAUGUGACCGACAUGUGCCUGUUGAUGGAGGAGACCGAGAAGCAGGCGGUGCGCCGCGCUCUGGUGGAGGAGAGGGGUCGCUUCUGCACCUUUAUUGGCUUCCUUCAGCCAGUUGUGAACGGAGAGAUUGCCAUGUUGGGAGAGAUCACCCACCUCCAGGCCAUCAUCGAUGACCUCACUGUGCUGACGACCGAUCCUCACAAACUGCCCCCAGCGAGUGAACAGGUGAUUAAAGACCUGAAAGGGUCAGAUUACAGCUGGUCCUAUCAGACCCCUCCAUCCUCCCCAAGCAGCUCCGGCUCCCGCAAGAGCAGCAUGUGCAGCAGCGUCAACAGUGCCCACAGUAGUGCCUCCCGUUCAUCGGGGGGAGGCGUAGGUAGUGCUGGUGGUGGAGGAGGCUCCCAGCCACAUUCACCCACCUCCUCCUCCUCCUAUCGCUACCGCAGCAGCCUGCCGCAGCAGCCUCCGCCACCAGGGGGCAUCGCCGCCCACCGUCUCAGCAGCGUCUCCUCCCACGAUUCAGGCUUUGUGUCCCAGGAUGCUAAUAUCUACUCCAAGCCUCCCUCGCCCAUGCCCUCAGACAUCACCAGUCAGAAGUCAUCCAGCUCAGCAUCAUCAGAGGCCUCAGAAACGUGCCAGUCAGUCAGUGAAUGCAGCUCUCCCACUACUGAUUGGUCUAAAGCAGGUCAGUAUGAACAGCCUGUGGCUGCAGCACCAGUUCAGAGGAGGAAGGAACCUCUGGAUCGGCUGAGGGACAACGAGGGGUCACCAGGGUCCCAGAGUUACGCCGGGGCAUCGCACCCUGAUGACGGGCAGAGACCCAGGAUGACACCAGCUACAAUCGCUGCCAAGCCUUCUUCUAUGUUGCUUCAGCACGGGGAGGAGGUCUCUCCAGCAGCAAGUGACCUGGCCAUGGUGCUGACGAGGGGACUGAGUAUGGAGCAGCAGAAAAGCAGCAGAGACUCCCUGCAGUACUCCAGUGGAUAUAGCACAGAGACGACAACCCCGUCCUGCUCCGAGGACACGAUUCCUUCACAAGGCUCAGAUUAUGACUGCUACUCCGUGAACGGUGACACUGAAGGUCCAGACGGACAAGCCGAGUUUGACAAGUCCUCCACGAUUCCCCGCCACUCUAACAUUGCUCAGAACUACAGACGCAUGAUCCAAACCAAGAGGCCAGCCAGUACAGCUGGCCUGCCCAGUGGGGUUCUUGGUCCAGGGGCUCAUGGGAUACCAGGACAACCAGGUGGAGCUGGGGGAGGAGGAACAGGGACUCCAGGCACUGCCACCAUCCGUCGAACCCCAUCCACCAAACCAGGAGUGAGGCGCACACUGUCAAGCGCAGGGCCCAUCCCCAUCCGACCACCCAUUGUGCCUGUCAAAACACCCACCGUUCCUGGAGACUCACAUUCACCCGGUGCAGGUGGGUAUGCAGGCGGAGGGCAUGCAGGGGGAGUGCCUGUCCGUGUGGGCAGUGAAGAGUGUGUGUUCUUCACUGGAACUGAGGACACACAGGGAGGGCUUGAUUAUGUGAAGGCAUCACCAAAGCGCCUCAGCCUGCCGAACACCGCCUGGGGAUCCGGAGCAGCGUUGGAGGUCUACGCCCAGCAGCACGGGGGCCUCGUGAUGGCAUCAGGCUCGGGAGCCGGAUCAGAGGAGGAUCAGAUGAUAGCAGCAAAUCGGCACAGCUUAGUGGAGAAGAUCGGCGAGUUGGUGGCCAGCGCGCAUGCUCUCGGUGAAGGCCAGUUUCCUUUCCCUGCCCUCCCAGAUGACCCCACCCCACCGACAACAGGCCCUACUGACACUCAGACAGGGACAGAGGGGGCAGAGGGGUCUGGUGACAUGCUGACCACCAUCCGGAGAGGAGUUCGCCUUCGCAAAACGGUCUCCAAUGACCGCUCAGCUCCACGUAUAUUGUGAUGGGAGAUGAAGCAGAAAUAGUCGGAUGCUCAUCAGCUGAUGGGGGGUCAUGUGUUGGUGUGGUGUAACCCAACCACCUAGUACAUUCACAAAACCUUAACCAUGUAGGAAAAGCUAUAAUAUAACAGAAGAUGAAUAAAAACGAAAACAUACACGUUUAAAAAAAAACACCUUUAGAUUAAAUGAUAUAUAAUAUAAUGAUAACACUAAUAAUGUUAAUCCAUUCUGACAAUUAAAAGUUAAAUACUUAACAUUGACAGGCUUUUAGCAGGCCAUAUAACUAGUGUGUGUCGGACGCAUGUUUGUCUUCUAUACACCCUCACCCAGGGAUGGAAAGACUCACAGGAAAAACAGAUAAGAUUUAAAAAAAGAGGCAAAGAAAGAGAGAAACACAGAGUUCUGUUCAGUUUGCCAAUGUACCCUCCCGAUCCUCUUAAACCCAACUGUCUGAUCCCCGAUGAGAGACUGAUGACUGAGGCAGGGUCUGAUGGGGUUGAAAGAUAGAGGGGGGAGUCAGAGUGCCAUGUGACCAGCUGGAUUUGAACUCAGGCUGUCUCAGCAGUGAUGCACUGUACUUUUAAGCCCACUGAACUGAAGCUUUGGUACUAGCACGGGGAGCUAACAAACCAGCGGACCCCUGGUUUAUUCUAAUGUAAAGGACUCAAAAAAUACUGUUGGCAUUGAACCGUGCUAGUUCCCCCUUCCUCUCUCUCUCUCUCCCUCUCUGCAUAUUGUGUGCCCGAAUUCAUGCGUGUGCAUGUGGGCAAUUGUAAAAUUGAGCAAAUGGGUACAUGUGGAUGAUUUAAUGUGUGUGUGUGGGUGUGUGUGUGUGCGUGCAAAGGUGGGGGGGGCGGGUAGAGCUCUGCUGCAGGACAGCUGGUUACCCAAUGAGGGCAGGGCUUUUCUUCUGUGUGUUGUGCGUGUAUUUUCUUGUUUCUAUUGUGACGUCAUUUACCUUGUUACCACUGUACGAGAAGUUACGAGACGUAAUCCAGGCAUAUAGAUAUAAUCAUAUAUAUUUUCUAGAACCACAGAGAAAACGAUAAAUUAGAAAUGGAGCAAUAAAUGUGUUUUAUUUUUCUUGUUUCAAAGAAGUGGAUCGCUGGAGGAUUGUGGGUUCUCCGUUGUCCCAUUCAGGCAAUCAUCAGGAAUGCUAAAUUACACAUCUACUGUGAAUUCAUGCGUAGUUGGUUUUGUCACGUGUCUCUCUCUGUCUCCUGUCUCUCUCUGGUAAAUGAAAUGGAUUACAAAAAUUUAAAAAAAGAGAAAAAAAAGGAAAACUGUAAGCACUUUGAUGGGGGUAGAGUAUGUACAAUAACCAGUAGGUGUUGCUGUAGUCAUACUGUGUGGGAGGGAGAGUGAGAGCAAUCCUUGUGUCCUAAGAAAACUAUUUAAUUUCUGAAAGUAGAAGAAGACGAGGAGUGAAGAAGAGGAAGUGAUGAAGACUGGUAGCAGUGGAGUGAUUGGUCAAAUGAGAGACAGGAUAAGAAAGUAAUGCAAAAUAUUGAUUUGAGAGUGGAUCAGGCAUCAGGGGCUGCACACACUACUGCCUGUUGUUGAUAGUGAAUGCCAUGAGAGUGUUUUAUAACAUGAUUGCACUGGUAUUUAAAGAACUUAACACAUAAUGCAAAAUACAUGCUCUUGAUGGGUGAGACUGUUUUGGGGUAUGAGCUUGUUCUGGCUCUAUUUUGUUUGUAGUUCAAACAACGUUUGAAGUGAAAUUACCCCCAACCUUUCCUAAGUUUCUCAGUUUCUUAAAUCUAUGAAGAAAACAAACUGACAUCUAUUUUCUAUCUAUUGGGGAGUUUUAUUUAUUUUAUUGGGGGUUUAGGUGGAAGCAGAAAUGUGAAAACAUUGACAAAUAAAACCAAAACCAUGAUUUUUGUAUUGGUACAACAAUUAUUUGCAAUAUGAUGCUUAAUCUAUAUGAAUGCUGUUGAUCAAUAUUUUUCAAUGUGCAUGCUACAGAUUAUUAUUAAUAGUGUAUUUUUUUAGUAUAGAAAGCAACACAAAUUACUCAAAAUAUGGUCUCAUCCACAAAGUAAAUAUUUUGCAUUAUAAGAAACAAUUUUAAGCCUUAGGGAGAGCUGAACAACACUUCUUUAAACCUUGUGUUUCAUAUAAAAAGAGAGUAGCUGUACAGGAGGACAUUAACUGCAGCAGAGACAGAACACAAACUUAAACAUAUAAAACGUACUUGCUAGUUGGUUGCUAAGUCUUGGGCGGUUCUUGCUAAUGCUUCAACUUUCAAGUGAUUAAAGUUUUAAAUUCAGCAAUUGUGAAAACAUUUUUUAAUUCAGAGCUUAACUGUCAGCACGUUUGCCAUUUUAACAAGCAUUUGCAGGUUUUACAUCUCUCCCGGCAACAGGAGGGACAGCUAACUCAGUUAGCUAAUAGCUAACAUGUGGUAUCUCUGCUCUUUUGAGCUACCAGCUAGCUACAACAGAUAGCGACUGGAAUCUUUCUCCAGGCCUAAAGUUAAACAUCAGAUAUGUACAGGAGAUUCAAAAUAUUUAAACUUGAUAUAAAUCACUUAAUUUUCAAGGAACCUGCCCAGCACUGAUUAAAUAUAAGAUGUCAUCUGAUGAAAAAUAUUUAUUCAGUCUAAAAAAAAUGAUAAAUUCCAAGUGAUCGGGUUUAUUGAAGAAAAAUAAAUCACCAGUCCAACCCCGCAAAGUUGAAAUUAGCUUAGUGCAAAUAAUCCAGUUGGGUUUAGGAAAUGGCUUUUGAAAGGAUUAUUUAUGAGUAUUAAGAUGUGAGAAUAGUUGAAGCCUGCUUGAUGUGCCCACUGAUGAUGAAGCGUGAGGAUUUAGAUCAGACCUCUGGAGUUGACAGGGAGAGGAGAAGAUGUGUGGAAUGAGCAUUUCACUGCCUGUUCAUACAAUAUGUACUGUAUGUGCUGUACUUGUAAAAGAGAAUCAGUUGCACAGAUUUGGUAUAAAGGUUAGUUAGAAAAUAUUAUGUGUAAUUUUCAGUUUGUUUAUGUUUCCUUUCUGCAGUACUGUUUUGAAUACUAAGUCUUACUUUUAAUUAAUGUAAAAAGAAGAAAAAGAAAAACUCCAGUUGUAACAAAAACCACUAUAUGGAUGUAGGAUAUCUGGGCUGAGAGUGAGUGUGUCCUUGUUUGGCUGUUGAUUCGUAGGCUAGUGAACUCUUGAUCACCAUGUCUGUACGCUCCUCUAGCAGUGACCUGAACAUAGACAGUGACAUCAGCUCUCUCGUUAAUUUUAUGCCUUGACGAAAGCAUUUUUGACACAUUUGUGGUCAUUUUAAAGAGAACAUGAGGAUAUUUCAUUUUAAUGAGUUAGAGACAAAAAACAUUUUCACUUUGUGCAACACUGGCAGCCUCUGCCAAGCACGCUGUAUGGUGGAAGUUUGCAACAGUGCUUCGACACAGAGAUGUUUCCUUUUGUCAGGGUGGAGUGCUGAAAGUAUGUUGUCACAUUUGGAUGCUGUGUGCUGAAUGAUCGAGAGGGUGGAAGGGGAAAGCAACAAGCUUGGAUUCCAUUCUUUGAAAAAAAAAAAAAAAAAAAAAAAGAUGUGUAUAUUUUGAUCACACUGUACUAGAAUUACAUCCAUAUGCUGAAUGUACUACAGAUAAAGUGGACAACAAACUGCACAUGUUGGGUUUGUGAUGCCAGAGCUUUCCUCUUGAACAACUGAAUUAAGGUCUCACUUAAGACAGUAUGGAAGCAAUACAGGUGUAGGGUGCAUGUAUGUACAUUCACAAUGAUUUUCAAUUGAGAGUAUGAUAAAGGAAAAUACCACUGUUUUUCUCACCUAUUCCACCAUACGUGGCUCUGAUGCCUUAAUGUGCAUGUGCCGCUUAUCUAUGUUAAGUUUUACUUUGAUAAUAGCCUAUAAAAUAUACACCAGACAAGGAUUUUACAUGGUAGAAUAUUCAAAUUGAAUGGGAUCAGUAUGCUCUCUAUAGGCUAAAAGACAUGGACAAUGCCAUGGCUGACAAUAUGAUCAGUAUGAGAUGAGAAUAAACAAAACACUGCUAUUUUCCUUUACAAUACCCAGUUAACAGCACAAGUCCGUACUUAAUAAUGUUUUAACAUGCUAAAUGAACUGUGUACUGAACUAACUGUGUGAACAAGCUAAAAUAACUACUCUG